CAAAAUUAUUAGGUCGAUAAGCUUAAGAGCACUUUUUCAAGAAACGAGUGUGAAGAUCAAAAACAAAUGUGCGAUGCCAGCUAUAAAUACGACUACACCAUGAGGGUCUCUUCCAUCAUCUAACCUUCAAGGACCUAGAGUUGAAACACCAAAGCCAAGUGAGCAAUAGUAAACACAAAUCAAACAUGAAGACCUUCAUCAUAUUUGUCCUCCUUGCCAUGGCGAUGAACAUCGCCAGUGCCAGUAGGCUGCUAAGCCCUAGAGGCAAGGAAUUGCAUACUCCACAAGAACAAUUCCCCCAACAACAACAAUUCCCCCAACCACAACAAUUCCCCCNGCCACAACAAUACCCUGAACAACAACAAUUCCCCCAACAACAAUUCCCCCAGCAACCACCACAACAAUUCCCCCAACAACAAUUUCCAAUACCAUACCCACCCCAGCAAUCACAAGAACCUUCCCCAUAUCAACAAUAUCCACAACAACAACCAUCUGGGAGCGACGUUAUAAGUAUCAGUGGCCUAUGAAAUGAAGAGAUGUAAUACUAGACGGGUGAAUCAUCGUUGUUAGUCAAUGGAGCAUAAUGUAACGAUGAUAAAUAAAGUGAUGUGCACCAUCAUGUGUAACCCCGACCUGUACUAGUCCAAACAUGGGAAUAAAAGACAAAUAAGUUCUUUUCUGAAGCA